CGCAUGCGCAGUAUAUGCCCGAUCACACGCUCUGUACAGUGGGGAGGUCAAGAUGUCUGCCGUUUUCAGACGCUUUGUUUCGAACGGCUUGAGAGCUGGUCCGCUAGCUGGAUCUUUUAGACACACACAAAGAGCUUCACUACCUCUGCUAUCUUCAUGGAGUCACAGAAGACCGUACUCAAAUGGUGCUCCAGCUGUUAAGACAGUGACAGUGACCAAUGGGAAGAUUGUCGCCGUUAUCGGAGCCGUGGUGGACGUACAGUUUGAAGAUGAGCUGCCUCCUAUUCUGAACUCACUUGAAGUGGAAAACAGAGAACCUAAACUAGUGCUUGAGGUCGCUCAACAUCUGGGAGAGAACACCGUGCGUACGAUUGCUAUGGACGGUACAGAGGGGUUAGUGCGUGGUCAGGUGUGUGUGGACACUGGGUCACCCAUUAAAGUACCCGUUGGCCCCGAAACACUCGGUCGAAUUAUGAACGUGAUUGGAGAGCCCAUUGACGAGAGAGGACCAAUCAAAACAGAGACGCAAGCUGCUAUCCACGCAGAAGCUCCAGAAUUCAUUGAGAUGAGCACAGAGCAAGAGAUUCUAGUCACUGGCAUCAAAGUAGUGGACCUCCUUGCACCCUACGCUAGGGGAGGCAAAAUUGGAUUAUUUGGUGGUGCUGGUGUGGGCAAGACGGUGGUUAUCAUGGAGCUCAUCAACAACGUGGUGCGUGUGCACGGUGGCUGCUCAGUGUUUGCUGGUGUGGGGGAGAGAACUCGCGAGGGAAAUGAUCUCUAUCACGAAAUGAUCCAGAGUGGGGUCAUCAGUCUUAAGGACGAUACCUCCAAGGUGGCGCUGGUGUAUGGUCAGAUGAACGAGCCCCCAGGUGCCAGAGCUAGAGUGGCUCUCACUGGACUAACAGUGGCUGAGUACUUCAGAGACAAGGAGGGACAAGAUGUACUGCUGUUCAUUGACAAUAUUUUCAGGUUCACCCAAGCUGGUUCAGAAGUGUCGGCUUUGUUGGGUCGUAUCCCCUCUGCUGUUGGAUACCAACCCACCCUGGCCACUGACAUGGGCAGUAUGCAGGAGAGGAUCACCACCACCCUCAAGGGGUCCAUCACAUCCGUACAGGCUGUCUUCGUACCGGCUGAUGAUCUAACUGACCCUGCCCCGGCCACUACCUUUGCACAUCUUGACGCCACCACUGUGUUAUCUCGAGCCAUCUCUGAGCUGGGUAUCUACCCUGCAGUGGACCCUCUGGAUUCAUCCUCCCGUAUCAUGGACGCUAAUAUUGUAGGAGAGGAACAUUACAACGUGGCCAGAGGAACACAGAAGAUUCUACAAGACUACCGUUCCCUGCAAGACAUCAUCGCCAUUCUAGGUAUGGAUGAGCUCUCUGAGGAUGACAAACUCACCGUGUCUAGGGCCAGAAAGAUACAGAAGUUUCUCUCGCAACCUUUCCAAGUGGCAGAGGUAUUCACCGGUAAAGAAGGCAAGCUUGUCUCACUGGAAGACACCAUCAGUGGCUUCAAGAAGAUCAUCAAUGGUGAACUGGACCAUAUCCCUGAGGUGGCUUUCUACAUGGUAGGAAACAUUGACGAUGUCCUGGCAGCCGCAGACAAACUAGCCCAGUAGAGCUCCACCAGAAACUCUAGCAUUAUAUAAAUAUUAUUGUGUACUGGCAGAACACUUGUUAUAGGGAUAGUAUUAUAAUUAUAGGGGCAUCUUAAUGUUGUGGUUUGUGUCUGUUUGUGCGAUUGUAAUGUGAAGAAGAUAUCUUUAUUAGCGAA